AUGGAGUCACAUCGUGAAAUUGGACACUAUUUUGGUGUAUACAAGGCUUCAGUUUUUAACGUAAUCAAGACAGUUGUAAAUGCUAUAUUAAAUAAUCUCUGUUACUUUUAUCUCUCUCUUCAGUUGAUCAAGUGGCCAAAUCUCCAAGAACAGGAUAGCAUAAGUAGAGAAUUUCAGCUGAAUAGUGGAAUGGUGGGAAUCAUUGGUGCAAUGGACGGCAGUCAUAUUCGCCUAGCAUCAUGUCCAAAGGGGGAUUCAGACUACAUCAAUCGAAAAGGCUUUCCGUCCAUGCAGUUGCAGGCUGUUGUGGAUCAUAAUCUUAUGUUCCGUGAUGUAUACGCAGGAUGGCCAGGCUGUACACAUGAUGCCCGAGGUUUUAGAAACUCCUCAUUAUCAGACAGGGCAGAAAAUGGGAGAAUAUUUGGUUGCAACAAAUUCCUGAUUGCUGACAGUGCAUAUCCAGUUAAACCCUAUUUAAUACCUCCAUUUAAAGAUAAGGGACACCUUUCAAACUUGCAAAAGAAGUUCAACAAGGUUAUUUCAUCUGCAAGACAAGUAGUUGAAAGGGCAUUUGGCCUUUUAAAGGGUCGCUUCAGGCGUCUCCGAGAAGUUACGUCACAUGAACCUUCAGCAAUUGUUGGCAUUAUUGUAUGUGGAUGUAUACUUCAUAAUUUGACAAUAAUUAACCACGAGGACAUUGAACAAUUUAUUGAUGACAAUCAAGAUGGUCACCCCAAUGGAUUUCAAAAUAUUUUCAGAAAUGAUAAUGCUGGAGUUAGAGUAAGGGAAAAUCUUAUGAGAACACUAGCAUAAGUUUUCUGUGAGACAAUAUGGGUUUAAAAUGUAGAGUUCAUUCAGAAUGGCAUUAGAAAGUGUUUUUGAUUCUGUACGAUCAUUUUUGAAAAUUAAUUUUCAAAAAGAAGACAAGCGCUCAAGAACUGUCUCUAUAAAAUGUGACCUUGAUGUUUGACAAAUAUAAUAAUAAUAGUAGAUAUCCCUUUUGUGACUGAAGCUUUUUUCUGUGCAUUUAUAAUGAAAAUCCAUCCAGGCAAACUUCUUUUUUUUUAAAGUUUAUUCUGUAAAAACAUCUUCAAUUUUUAUCUCAGUUUAGAAAUGGUGACCUCUGUUGAUAGAAAUUUGGAGAGGGUAUUUGUAGUACCUGUAUUACCACCAUAUCUUCUUUUUAAUAAA